AACAUAAUAACGGUCUCGUCUCGAGUGUGUAAUAGACCGCGAAACACCGAAUCAGAUCCAUCCACCAGCAUCGGUGGUUAACACGGUCGUUCAUAAUCUCCACCACCGCACGCAGUGGCAGAUUCAGAUUCAGAUUCAGAUUCAGAUUGAACAUGUUCAAAUUCUUGAAAGAGGUGGUUGGUGGAUCUGGAACCGGCCACAAGGAUCUACCCUACACCAUCGCCGAACCUUUCCCUUCCGCUUGGGGCUCUUGGACUCAUUCCCGAGGCACCUCCAAGGACGAUGGUUCUCCAGUCUCAAUCUUCUCUCUUUCAGGCUCUAAUGCUCAGGACGGACAUUUAGCUGCUGCGCGCAACGGCGUCAAGCGUCUUCGAACUGUCAGGCAUCCGAAUAUUUUAUCGUUUCUUCACAGCGCUGAGAUUGAAACUUAUGAUGCCGGUUCUCCCAAGGUCACAAUCUAUAUUGUGACGGAGCCUGUAAUGCCGCUAUCGGAAAAGAUCAAGGAGUUAGGUCUUGAAGGUACACAAAGGGAUGAAUAUUAUGCUUGGGGUCUGCUUCAAGUAGCUAAAGCUGUGAGCUUCUUAAAUAAUGAUUGUAAACUUGUCCACGCUAAUGUUUGCUUGGCUAGUGUUGUUGUCACGCCAACUUUGGACUGGAAGCUCCAUGCUCUUGAUGUUCUAUCAGAGUUUGAUGGGAGUAACGAAACUUCUUCUGGCCAAAUGCUGCAAUAUGCAUGGCUUGUUGGAUCACAAUACAAACCAAUGGAGUUGGUAAAAUCAGACUGGGAUGUAAUUAAGAAGUCUCCUCCCUGGGCCAUUGAUUCUUGGGGCAUGGGUUGUCUAAUCUAUGAAGUAUUUUCUGGUUUGCGGUUGGGAAAAACAGAAGAGUUACGCAACACUGUCUCCAUUCCCAAGUCUCUGCUUCCAGAUUACCAGCGGCUAUUGAGUUCAAUGCCCUCUCGUAGAUUAAAUACAUCAAAGCUUAUAGAAAACAGUGAAUAUUUUCAAAAUAAGUUGGUAGACACAAUACAUUUCAUGGAAAUUCUUAGUUUGAAAGACAGUGUUGAGAAAGACACCUUCUUUCGCAAGCUUCCAAAUUUAGCUGAGCAACUUCCUCGCCAGAUAGUGUUGAAGAAGUUACUUCCUUUAUUAGCUUCUGCCCUUGAAUUUGGUUCAGCAACUGCCCCAGCUUUGACUGCAUUGCUGAAAAUAGGUUCCUGGCUUUCGGCUGAGGAGUUUAGCGUCAAGGUGCUUCCAACAAUUAUAAAACUAUUUGCCUCCAAUGACCGAGCUAUUCGAGUUGCCCUUCUUCAACAUAUUGAUCAAUAUGGAGAAUCAUUAUCUGCGCAUGCUGUUGAUGAACAAGUAUACCCUCAUAUUGCUACUGGAUUCUCCGAUACAUCUGCUUUUCUGAGGGAACUGACUCUAAAGUCUAUGCUAGUUCUGGCUCCAAAGUUGUCUCAAAGGACCAUUUCAGGGUCGUUAUUGAAGCAUCUGUCAAAGUUGCAGGUUGAUGAAGAACCAGCAAUUCGAACAAAUACUACCAUCUUAUUAGGCAAUAUUGGAAGCUACCUAAACGAGGGAACAAGAAGAAGAGUUUUGAUUAAUGCAUUUACAGUCCGUGCAUUACGUGAUACUUUUCCACCUGCUAGAGGAGCAGGCAUUAUGGCUUUAUGUGCCACCAGCUCCUACUAUGACAUCACUGAAGUUGCAACCCGGAUUCUUCCUAAUGUUGUUGUGCUCACAAUUGAUCCUGACAGUGAUGUUAGAACGAAGGCAUUUCAAGCUGUUGAUCUGUUUUUGCAGAUAGCAAAGCAAUAUUAUGAAAAGACAAAUGCAGCAGAUGCUACUGGUGGUGAGGGCAUGGGAAUCUCAUCAAUUCCAGGAAAUGCAGGUUUACUUGGAUGGGCUAUGAGCUCUUUGACCUUGAAGGGUAAACCUUCUGAUCAUGCUCCAGUUGCUUCUAUGAGUUCAACUGCAAUUGGUUCUGUGAGUUCGACUGCAAUUACUCGAACAUCUUCUAACGGCAGCUCAGGCAUAGAGACGCCAUCAACAGCACCAGCACGUGUAAGCUCUACAACAGAUUUGGCUGAACAUCCUGUCCCUACGUCCCCUACAUCAAUGGAUGGCUGGGGAGAACUUGAGAAUGGAAUCGAUGAUGAACAUGAAAGUGAGAGGGAUGGAUGGGAUGAUCUGGAACCACUUGAAGAGACAAAGCCAACUCCAGCUCUUGCAAACAUCCAAGCAGCUCAAAGGCGGCCAGUCUCUCAACCUAUGUCACAGACAAAACAAGCCUCAAGUUUGCUAUCCAAGAGUACACCGAAAUUGAGCAAUGAUGAAGAUGAUGGUUUGUGGGGUUCUAUAGCAGCUCCUGCUCCAAAAACAUCAAGGCCUAUAAAUUUGAAAUCAACUAGAACUGAUGAUGAUGAUCCCUGGGCUGCCAUUGCUGCUCCCGCACCCACUACUAAGGUCAAGCCCUUAUCAGUUGGCAGAGGUCGGGGAGCCAAACCAGCUGCUCCAAAAUUAGGAGCUCAGCGGAUAAACCGGACAUCAUCAUCAGGCAUGUAAUCCAAAUUGCCAGAGAACAAAAGGAGUGAGGAAGAUUUAAUAUGCAAGUUGCCUUUUUCUUCUGGUGGCUGUGGUCAUGUUAAAAUACAAAAAUCCGUCUCUUUAUGAUGUAUGAAUUACAUUUGUGAUUUUUGUUGACAUAAUUAAUUUGUAAUGCUAUUCUUUCAUAUGUCAAGAAUGUCAUUUAAAGGUAAAUCCUUUGGGCUGCUGCUUUUGAGUUGUAAGACAACAGGGCAAUGUCGUUUAAAGGAAAAUCCUUUGGGUAGCUUCUUUUGAGUUGUAAGACAACAGGGCUGUAGUAUAUUUGGUAUAUAUAUUUUGGGGCAUUUUAACAUUUUUUCGGAUGAACAAUAAACGUUUAGAUGUAAUGUAAUUAGUUUCAUAUUAUGGUUUUGGAAAGGUUUUGAUU